AUGAUCCCUGAGAAGAUGCGGCAGCUGCUGCCGGAGGUGGAGCUGGAUCCCAGCGUUAUCUCCGUCGUGCUCUGCAGCUCCACCGUGGCCUUCCUGGUGCUCAAGUGGAUGGUGAAGAAGCUGGUGCAGCAGAGGAUGCGGGAGGCCAGGAGGAACCGAGUUCGCGCCCUGGGACAGAUGGAAGAAGCUGUCCAGCAGUUCAAACAAGAGAACCCGGAGGUACAGGCCAAUCUCAUCCUCUCUCUGCCGCUUGUUGAGCUGGUCAAGAAACAGAAGGAAGGUUCCCUGUCACCAGAGAGCGUCCUCUACACGUACAUGGACAAGGCCUUAGAAGUGAACCGGGACGUGAACUGUGUGACGGAUUUUAUUCAGGAGUGUGUGCACCUGCUCCAGGAAGUGAGGACACAAAAAGAGAAAGGGUUGUUGUAUGGAGUUCCCGUCAGUAUCAAGGAUCCCAUUGGAUACGAGGGUCAUGUCUCCACCUGUGGCUUGGGACAGUACCUCGGCUACCCGGAGCAAGAGGACAGCGUCUUAGUGAAGGUGCUGAAGAAGCAGGGGGCCAUUCCGUUUGUGAAAACCAACAUCUCCCAGUGCUUGAUCAACUACGACUGCAGCAACUUGAUCUUCGGCCAGACGGUGAAUCCGCUGAACCACCAGAAAAGCCCCGGCGGCUCCUCCGGAGGGGAGGGGGCGCUGAUCGCCGGAGGAGGGUCCGUCCUGGGCUUUGGGACAGAUAUAGGUGGGAGCAUCCGCCUGCCGUCCAGCUUCUGCGGGUUGUGCGGGCUCAAGCCGACGGGCAACAGGCUAAGCUCCCUGGGGCUUAAUUCCGCCCUGCAGGGUAUGAGAAGUGCUGUGUGAAUGGUCGGGCCAAUGGCGAGGGACGUGGAUAGCCUGGCUCUCUGCAUGAGAGCGCUCCUGUGUGACGACAUGUUCUACCUGGACCCCACCGUGCCACCCCUGCCCUUCAACGAGGAGGUGUACUCCAGUUCCACUCCCCUUCGGAUCGGGUACUACGACACAGACGGCUAUUUCCUGCUACCUCCCUGCAUGAGACGGGCUGUGCAUGAAACCAGGACGUUGUUGCAGGAGGCUGGACACAUGCUGAUCCCGUUCAUCCCCCCGCGGAUCGACUACGUCAUGAACGAGCUCUUCAUGAAGGGCCUCUUUGCCGAUGGCGGCGCUGCUUUACUUGAGAAAUUUGAACUGGACACUGUGGAUCCCAACUCCUGCUCCCAGAUCAAUUGCUACAGACUCCCCUUUCUCCUGAAGAAGAUUCUGGCUUUCCUCACCAAACCGCUGUUCCCUCGAUUCUCCAGUUAUUUGAAUGCACUGUGUGGAGUGUGGUCGCCGAAAGAAUUCUCGGAGCUGCAUGCUGCAUUGAUGAUAUACCGACGGGAAUUCCUCUCCAGAUGGAGAAACCUGGAUCUGGAUGUCAUCCUGUGUCCUGUGUUAGGCCCUGCCUUCACCCUGGGGUAUCCUGGGAGACUCAUUGCUGCUGUUUCCUCUACCAUGUUGUACAACGUCUUAAACUUCCCCGCGGGGGUUGUGCCGGUCACCACCGUUACGGAGGCUGAUGAGGAAAAUCUGAAGCAUUACACAGGGCACUACGGUGACCCCUGGGAUAGGAGACUGAGGCAGGCUGUGGAAGGAGCCGUGGGGCUGCCCGUGGCGGUGCAGUGCGUGGCUCUGCCGUGGCAGGAGGAGCUGUGCCUUCGGUUCAUGAAGGAGGUGGAGAGACUGGCCCAGGGGCAGAAAAAGCAAACUGAGGAUAACUUGCAGAAUGAUGUGCAUACAAAGGGACAAAGAAUCAAGCAUUAUUUCUCUGGAGCUGCUUGGGAGAACUUCUUCACCGAGGGGGUGACGCUGCUCAAAAGGCCCCCGUCUAAUGCCCAGCCCGUGGCCUCAAUUGCUGCCCCUUCCUCAGAUCCGGAGCAGGGCCUGAUUCUGCGCCGAUGA